AAGAAAACACGACGGUCUAAGUUGCCAGACCACAACAGCCAGGACCCCAAGAGAGACCCCGCACAUUGGGAGAAGCAAAACUCUCUGUCAGUGAGGAACAAGGGCAGAUGGAGCGCCAGGUUGGAGAGAACAGGGGGCACAGCAGCCAGUGCGCUGAGGAGAGGAACCAGCCGACAAGGAGGGAAGCCCAGUAUCAAGCAGAAGUCUCCCCAGGAGCGAGGGAUGACGGGCGCUGGAAUGGGGGCUGUCGUCCCCCCUGACUUGUCAAGCAGCCGCAACUUUAGCGAGACCAAAGGAGGUACUGAUGGGGCGGCUAAGCUACCUGCUGCGGUCGCCGCCAUACCAGGGGAGCCGGGCAGUGUGGAUGGCGCACACCAAGCCUCCAGUAGUGACUUUGUGCCUAAGUGUGACAUCAUAGGCAAGGACGCCCUUUCCGCCCUCCAUCGCGCUGGGUCACAGCAGUGCCGACAAGAGAUCGCCAACAUCGUGUGCCAGCAUCAGGCUGGUCUGCUCAUGCCAAAGGCACUCCCUCAGUUCUGCCCCCAGCUCGGUAUAUUAAAUUCAGUUCAGUCCGUUGGCGAGCUGGACAACAGCCUGUCCAAAGUGGAGAACCCCAUCAGGGUGGCUUUUGUUCUGAUGGUCCACGGCCGAGCCGUACGGCAGCUCAAGCGUCUCAUCAAGGCCAUAUACCACCGUGACCACUACUACUACAUCCAUGUAGACAAGCGGUCCGGCUACAUGCACCGAGAGGUCCUGCAGCUCGCCCAGCAGUUCCCAAAUGUGCGAGCCACGCCCUGGAGGAUGAUCACCAUCUGGGGGGGUGCCAGCCUCUUGAAGGCUUACCUACGCAGCAUGCAGGACCUGCUCUCCAUGCUGGACUGGAAAUGGGAUUUUUUCAUCAAUCUCAGCGCCACAGACUUCCCCACCAGGACCAAUGAUGAACUGGUGGCUUUCCUGUCUCAGAACAGAGACAAAAACUUCCUCAAGUCACACGGGAGAGAGAAUGCACGGUUUAUUAAAAAGCAGGGCCUCGACCGUCUCUUCCACGAGUGUGACAACCACAUGUGGCGCCUUGGGGAGCGCAGCAUCCCAGAAGGCCUGGAGGUCUCAGGUGGCUCUGAUUGGUUUGCGCUCACCCGCCGCUUUGUGGAGUACGUCAUCAACUCCCAGGAUGACCUGGUUACAGGGCUGAAGCAGUUCUAUUCCUACGCCCUGCUCCCCGCUGAGUCUUUCUUCCACACGGUGCUGGGGAACAGUCAUAUGUGUGACACCCUGGUGGACAACAACCUGCGGGUCACCAACUGGAAUCGUAAGCUUGGCUGUAAAUGUCAGUACAAGCACAUUGUCGACUGGUGUGGCUGCUCUCCCAAUGAUUUCAAACCGCAAGACCUCAUCCGGAUACAGCAAUUGACCCGUCCCACAUUCUUUGCCCGUAAAUUUGAGUCAACAGUGAACCAGGAGGCCAUAGACAUCCUGGACACUCACCUCUACGGCCAGUACGCUCCGGGCACCAUUGCCAUCAAGGCGUACUGGGAGAGCGUGUUCGAGCAGUCGGACAGUGUUGGCUCUCUCAGUGACGUGGCUCUCACUGCUUACACUUCUUUCUUUCGCCUGGGUCUGAAGAAUUUGGCGACGGCUCAGAGCAAUGUGGAGUCCUGCAGGUUUGAAUCAGUAGGCUACCCUCUAUCGGUACACUUGUACUUCUAUGACGACCGUUUCCAAGGGUACGUGGUGCGUCAGGAAACUCAGGCUGUGGGGUCAAAGGUCAGGGAGACGCUGGAGAUGUGGGCAGUGCCGCAGGCCUCGUUCGUACUGGAGAAGAACCUUAAAGAGUUUGAAAGACUGAAGAAUCUGGAAAUCGGCACAGGGUGGGAUCCAAAAGAACGAAUCUUCCGUAACUUCGGUGGGGUCAUCGGGCCUUUGGAUGAACCGCUGGCAGUCCAGAAUUGGGCCCGUGGUCCCAACCUCACAGCCACUAUUGUGUGGCUUGACCCGGCUCUGGUGGUGGCAGCGUCAUACGACAUCACAGUGGAUGUGGAUGCAGAAUACACCCAGUACAAACCGCCGUUGCAGCGCCCCCUGCGGCCCGGGACCUGGACAGUGCGGGUGUUAAAGCAAUGGGAGCGUGUGGCAGAAGUUCGCUUCCUUGUCAUGCCGCUAACCUUCAAAGAUAAGGAGCCACUUCGCAAAGAAGAGGACAGCUGGCUCCAUGCAGGCCCUCCUGGGAACAUGUACAUGGAGCAGAGUUUCCAGCAGCUGAGCUCCUUGCUGAAGCUGCCUCCCCAGGAGCCUGCCAUGCGGGAGGCCCAGCGUAGAGCCCAGCUUGUGGGUCUUCCCCUUGAAGAGUGGCUGGACAGUGGUGUGAGGACCUUCUGGGUUAUGGGCAACCUGUGCACCACACAGACUUCCUCCUGCCCAGCACUGGGACCUUGCUCCAAAACCUCCUGGAGCUCUCUGUCCCCGGACCCCAAGUCUGAACUGGGCCCUGUCAAAAGUGACGGGCGUAUCAGGUAGCCCCAAGAGAGGAGAGACUGUAGACUGUAACACAUACACAGGAAGAAUGAGGGAGAGCUGGACCUACACUAGGGAGAUCCAGGAGAACCUGUGUGAACCGGAUAUUAUCCCGACGGUCGGCUCAGAGCUCAGGGGCACAUAAACAACCACAAGAAAACUUUCUGCACUGAGCAGUCGGGACAUUCUUAGUGAAGUGGUGACACAGAUGACAAACCGGAGGAUAUGACUGCUGAAUAUUUGCACAUAGAAGAUCGCAAGCGUAGACUUGUGUCAUUGUUUGCUGAGUGAUUACAUGGAUGCCAGAUGUGUUGUUGCACACAGGUUUCAGUUUUCCUUGAAAGAAUCAGAAAGCAGUUGUCAAACCUCGACUCGGGUCUCCUCGCUGCACUUUGAGCUUCAUUUCAAGGGAGAGCAGAAACCUCUGAAUCAUAUUAUUGUGCUUAUUUUGAAGCAUUUUCUGUGUAAGUAUGUGGAGCAGACAGAUGAAGUGCACUUUACUGUACGACUAUGGCGUCACACAGAGGUCACUCGGUCACAGUGCGAGGAGCAGACGUUCUAAAAGUCACGGGCACGUCACCUGUUUGAAUCACACUAGGCUCUAAGACAAAUACCUUCUUUUAUUUUAGUUCUGUUUACUGUGACGUAUGAUUUUUUUAACGUGUCAUUUUUGUUAAUUCCCAGAAAUGACUUUUCAAGUGUUUCUGAUGUCCGUUGUUGCAAAAAAAAAAAAGCCACUCUGCGUUGUUUUUGUGGUCAAAGCAAGUGCCUCGACGGCUGCAGUAACAGGGCCGCAGAUGGUGUGGCUGCAUUCAAAAAUCCCUCCGAGAACGUUGAUAAAACAAUCUCAACUCAAAAGAUGCUCAGUUUCACGUCAGCUGGGCGGAUAAGGAUGUGUGGUGUGGUCCAAAUCCUCAAAACAAGAGAGUUAGUGGAGCUGGAGAUUGUUUAGUUUAAUGAUGUGACAAUGCUCAAAUCUUCUGAAGUCAUUUAGAGCUGCAACGAGUUUUCGAUUCAUCGAUUUGUCUUUUGAUCCAUCAGUUGAUUUUUCAGUUCAAUGUGAGAAUCUUGCAUCAUUGUAAUUUUGAUAUUUGCGUGGACAAAAUAAGACGCCAUCUCAGACUUCAGGAUUUAGUGACGGGCAUUCGUCACAAAUAUCUGAAAUUUUAUUUAACCAAUGAUCAAUCAGUAAGUUGUGAGGAUAACUGCAUAUUUAUCAUGAAUUUUAAGUAUUUCUAUGUUGCAGCUUAAAUACAAUUUGGUUUUUAAAUCAAAGUCAAAAUCUAAAUCAAAGUCAGUUUAGCAAAGGGAAAAGAAUUUGGAUGAAACUGAAAAGGAAAUGAUUGACAUUUUGGGAAAUACCUUUUCUUUAUGAGAGUUAGAUCAAAUGAGAAUAUUUAUAACCGACCUCAUGUUUACGCACUAAAUACACAGCUACAGCCUGCUUUGUAUUUCCCAACAAGUCAAAACUUUCCAUUUAAAUACAUCAUUUCGAAUCACAAACCUGGUUAUACGUGUACGUUAUACCUCCGUUGUAUCAGUUUAAAAAUGCAGUAUUGUCACUCGUAUGCUCUGUUUACCUCACUGGUUCUUUAUUCCCAUUUCAUUUCUAAAGGUGCGUUUCAUUUCGACUUUUUAUGUUCACCAACCAAACAAUGGAAAACGGUACACUGUAUGUUUUUAAAGUUUAGAUUUUAGUGUGAUAAAGAGAAUCUAAGCUGCCUUUACUUAGCUGAGAAGAUGAAUUGUUUAUACGGGAGAAUAGUUUCCAGAGAUGUGCAAUUAACGCCUUUCCAGAGGAUAGUGAAGCCCCCUGUCUGUCUUAGUUUGCAUUAAUGGUAGUUGGCCACCAUAUGAGUUUUCAAGUGACCUUGUUUACCUUGCACAGGACAGCUGCUUCGGUGAAACUCCAGUUCCUUUUGAGAGGAGCGAGCAAAGUCAUCGGCGUAGCAGAUUUUAUUUUUCUACACAUUUUGAGAGGAAUUGUCUGAGUUCUCUGUUAAACCAUUAAAAACUGCUGACUUCUUAUGUUGUAUUUGACGGUCCACAUGUUCAGUGACAUCUGAUGCAGACUUGUUUUAUUUUUAUUCACUUUUUCAUUUGGAGGAGGAGGAGGAGGAGGAGGGUGGGAUGUUAAGGUUUCCAUCCGUGCUGCUAUGAUGAAGAGCAGAGGUCCUGGUGAGUCAUGGUUGGCGCCGUGGUUCUUAUCUGAGUAGGGAACUUUGUCGCUGUACGCCUCUGGACAAGCUCAUAGGAUAGAAGUCCUGACUGAUGACUCAAUAAAAAAAACAUUUAUAAGAA